ACAGGUGACUGGUAGAAGACAGAAACCCGUUCCUGACUAUGUCGAGGAGAAAGCUGGAGAAUAAAAGCCUUUCUGGCUUGCUAGCCACAUCUCUGCAGACACAAAUCAAGUCGGACAAUUUCCACAAUUUUUAUAUUCUUGAAUCAAAAGAGCUGGGAAGAGGAAGAUGUGCUGUGGUUAGAAAGUGUACAGCUAAAUCCACAGGCCAAGAGUACGCAGCUAAAUUUUUAAAGAAAAGAAGAAGAGGCCAAGACUGCAAAGCAGAGAUUCUGCAUGAAAUUGCUGUGCUUGAGUUAAUGAAAUCUAAUCCUCACAUAGUUAAUCUUCAUGAAGUCUAUGAAACAGCAAAUGAAAUAAUUUUAGUGUUGGAAUAUGCUGCUGGAGGAGAAAUAUUUGACUUGUGUGUCUCAGAUCUGGAUGGCAGAAUUGGUGAAAGGGAUAUCGUAAGACUUAUAAGACAAAUACUUGAAGGACUUCGCUGCUUGCAUGAAAACAAUAUUGUUCAUCUUGAUUUAAAGCCUCAAAAUAUUUUACUGAGCAGCGUCAAUCCCCUUGGUGAUGUAAAAAUUGUGGAUUUUGGAAUGUCUCGGAAGCUGGAGAGUUCCAGUGAACUGCGGCAGAUAAUGGGAACAACGGAGUAUCUAGCUCCAGAGAUCUUAAACUAUGAUCCUAUAACCACAGCUACAGAUAUGUGGAACCUGGGUGUAAUUUCAUACAUGCUGCUGACACAAGAAUCUCCAUUUGUGGGAGCUGAUAAUCAAGAAACUUACCUUAAUAUAUCUCAAGUUAACGUGGAUUACUCAGAAGAAACAUUUUCAUCGGUUUCACAGCCUGCCAAAGACUUCAUUCAAAAACUUCUCAUCAAAAAUCCAGAGGAAAGACCCACAGCAGAGGCCUGUCUUUCUCAUUUGUGGUUGCAGCAAGGGGAGUUCAUACUCCUGUGUAGCCCUGAAGAAACUUGUUGCUCUUCUCUGAUGCCUGGACACAUAACAAAAUGCUCAGAGGAGCGAAAUGCAAAAUCAAGUUGUAAUGGUACUUGCAGCAAGAAGGAAGACAAAGAAAACAUUCCAGAGGACAGCAGUACAGUCUCCAAACGCUUCCGAUUUGAUGAUUCAUUGCAGUAUCCCCAAGACUUCAUGACAGACUUCGUAUGUUAAUGGGUAACACAGACUUUUAUAAAAUGAAUUUAGCAUAACCUAUUCCAGUGGCGAAUAUAAGAUUAUGGCUCGCCAAUUUGUG